AUGAUCAGAGCCAGCACAAGACUAAGCUUUGCAAGAUAUUUAAGCUCUGGAAAUAGGCCUCCGUCGCAUUUCAACUCAGGAGAAAUUCCUCAAACUUACAACAACAACAACAGCAACAGCAGCAGCAGCAGCACGGCACACACAUAUUCCCCUCCAACACCAAUGAAUACGUCCCCUUCGCAACAGCCUGCAUCAUCUUCCUCAUCGUCCUCGAGUGCACAUGAAGGAUCAAUUAGAGAAAUCACGGGCUUGCUAGCCAUGUUUGCCCUUGCGUACUUAGCCAUUGACAACUAUUCAGAACGAGUCAAGAUUGAAAAACUCCACCACGACACAACCGCCAUCAAUUUAAAGGCUCUUCAGGUACAGCAGUUGAAUCACGCCCAAGAAAGGAAGAAACGCGACUUGACGAUGCUUCAGGAACGUAGGGAAAUUGCCAAACGAGAUUUCAGAAUGGGCUUACAUAUCGCCAUGUUGAGGAAACAACUCAUUGACGUGGGGAUGAAGCCUGUUGAACUAGACCAAGCUAUCAAGGAGUUUGAGAAUAGUGUCAAAGCUGACAAUUCGAUAAAGAAUGUCAGUGGGCAGUAUCUCUGGCUCGACGAUAAAUCUGAGUUUAAGCCAUACUUGCCAGACGCUAUGGAAUAUGACAAAAGCCGUAAAAGUAAAUAG